AUGCCUGGUGCCAUGGUGAAAGACAUUAACCAGCAGGAGUUCAUCCAGGCCCUGUCUGCCUUCUUCAAGAAGUCAAGUAAACUGAAGAUACUCAAGUGUGUGGAGAUGGUCAAACCAACCAAACACAAAGAUCUGGCCUCUUACGAUGAGAACAGGUUCUAUACCAGAGUGGCUUACACAGUACCUUCGGUGACCAAGGUCUACAGAGGCAAUGGUGUGAUGCCUAGACACUUCAGUCGGGGCUCCGAGGGGCUCAAAAUGAUGGAGGAUCAGGAUGGCAGUCACACACUCUCCCCUCAGGGACAGAGAGAUCUGGACAGAAUUUGCCAGUUGGCAGCUGCAAAGAAGAAACAUUAA